UCCUUUUUCUGCUUUUAUACGAAACUACUGAUGAAUAGUUGUGUAUUUUUGGUGGAAUCGCCGGCAAUAUUGAUUACUAAGACAUGGUGCAUUUAUGGGCUGUGAAAUGUUGACAUAUUCGCGGUGAAAUUUCCAAUAUCGAUCUUUUUCUUCUGAAAGUGUUCCGAUCUAAAUGGAAUUAGUUGAGAAAGCCCUUUGUGAAAGAAAUAGACAUGGUACAUGGGAACAGGUUCCUUCACGUUGUUGCAGGUCUUCUCAUGCUUGGGUUGUCUGGGGCAACAAAGACAGAAGCAGUGAAAAACAAUUCAGGGGUCCAGCCAGCAGGUCAGUGUGGAACCUGGAUUAAAGAAUUAGAGGGAGGCCUCUUCACCUCACCCAAUUACCCAAACAAAUAUCCCCCAGAGCGAGAAUGCAUCUACAUCAUUGAAGCUCCCCCGAGACAAUGCAUUGAUCUUUUCUUUGAUGAAAAGUAUUCAAUAGAGCCUUCGUGGGAAUGUAAAUUUGACCAUAUUGAAGUCCGGGACGGGCCCUUUGGCUUUUCUCCAAUAAUUGGACGCUACUGCGGCCAGCAGAACCCUCCAUAUAUCAGAUCAAGUGGCCGCUACCUAUGGAUAAAAUUUGUUGCUGAUGGUGAAUUGGAAGCCAUAGGAUUUUCUGCAAGCUACAAUUUCACAGCAGAUCCUGACUUUAAAGACAUAGGAGUCUCUAAAUCUCUUCCCUUUUGUGAAUUUGAGAUGGGAGGACCCGAAGGCAUCAUUGAAUCGCAGCAGAUCAUCAAAGAUGGCAAAGCCUCACAGACAGAGGCAGUGGACUGCAAGUGGUACAUUCGUGCCCCUCCUCGUUCCAAGAUCUACUUGCGCUUUCUAGACUAUGAGAUGCAGAACUCUAAUGAGUGUAAACGUAAUUUUGUCGCGGUGUAUGAUGGCAGCAGCUCAGUGGAGGACCUGAGGAACAAGUUCUGCAGCACUGUAGCCAAUGACGUCAUGCUGGUGUCUGCGAUGGGCGUGGUCCGCAUGUGGGCAGAUGAGGGGAGUAGCAAGAGCCGCUUCCGUAUCCUCUUCACUACCUUCCAAGAGCCUCCAUGCGAGGCAGAUACUUUCUUUUGCCACAGUAACAUGUGUAUCAAUAAUACGCUGGUGUGCAAUGGAGUCCAGAACUGUGUCUACCCCUGGGAUGAGAACCAUUGCAAAGAAAAACGGAAAGCCAAUAUCCUGGACAACCUCAAUAACACAAAUGGCACCAUCAUCGGUGUAACAUGCUGCAUUGUACUGAUCCUACUUGUUGUAUCAGUGAUUGUUCAAAUCAAACAGCCAAGAAAGAAAUAUAUCCUGAGACGUGAGGACUUUGACCCCACCAUGUUCCAGGAGGUGUUCCAAGAGCUGCCACAUUACGAACUGUGCACUCUCCGCAGCGCGGCUGCCACCUCAGCGGACAUGGCCGAGUUGGUCGAGGACUUUGAGAGCUACCACAAACUAAGGAGUGCCUCCUCACGCUGUGUACACGAGCAUCACUGCGGUUCCUCGCAGCUAUCCAGUGCCAAGGGCAGCCGCACCAACCUGAGUCCCCGUGAGGCGGCAGCAGCCAUAUUGACAGACCUCCCGCCUCAACAGUUGCGGCCACUUCCUCCACAAAGCAACCGGCGGAACAUUCUGGUAAUGAGACACACCUACUCACAUGAUGCUGCAGAUGCCUGUGACCUAGAUGAUGACCUGGAGGAGGUGCCCACCACCAGCCACAGGUUGUCCAGACAUGAGAAAGCAGUGCAGCGGUUCUGCCUCAUUGGGUCUCUAAACAAACAUGAAUCUGAGUACAACACAACUAGGGUGUAAGAGACAAUCUGAAGGCUGUUACAUCAUACACCUCGCCCAAGAUUGGCAUCUUAUGAGACCAUUAUUUUUUUUUCCUUCAAUAUCUAGGCACCAACUUCUUUGUUCAGAAAGUAGCUCAAACUGUGAAGCACUUGGAGACUAAUUAUAUUCACACACACUGGUCUGAAACUGAAUAUACAAACUGAUGUAAAUUCUUCAUUCAGUGGAAUUUGAACCAUUGUUUGCUCUUGUUUGACCUCAAGACUGUAUUGUAAUGCACAGAUUGUUUUUCAGUACAAAUGUAGGUGCAUCAAAUUUGUUCUUUGCAAAAUGCAUAGUUGAAGACCUAUAAAAGAUUCUAAGAUCAUUAGGUUUCAGGGGUGGACUAGGAAGACUCCUUUUCUGUAUAUCGCUGCCCCUUCGGCAUAUCGCACAGUUUUGUGGCCCGUUCUGCAUAACGCGGUGGCUCAUUUCAUCUUAUGCCUCCUACACACUACACGACUUUCAAAGACGUCGGAUCGUGGUACCGUUCAUAUUACACAACUGUCUGUCUUGUCAUGGAAGUCAUGCCAUUUUGAAAUUACACGAGGAAUCGGCGACAGGGGUGAACACAUUACAAAAUAUUUCACUCUGCCUGGACUACAAAUUACAUUUCACAACAGAAUCCACACGAGAAGUGAUACAAGAUACGAAAACAAAUGCAUGAUCAUAUGUUAUGCAUUUCAGAAUAUGAUGUGUAUGUUUUUAAUCGCCUCAAGGCAUCGUAUGUUUUAUUGGUUACAAUAUGAAAAAGUACCUUCUAUUGAAAAAUCGACCUAUUUGCUUACCUGACUGUCCAAGAGAAUUGGCAGUUUCUCUCCAACUCUUCUCUUUCUCCAACCGGUUGUGGUAAGGUUCAGAUGAAACAUCAAAUAGGCACUGGUGCUCUUGUCAAUAUUCCACUAAUUUUUCCUCCAUUUCUUCGGUCCAAUGAGACUUUCUUGAUACUGCAUCCAUGCUAGUUGAUGUUCUGUUGCAGGUACAUGAGGACUCCUCCCACUGAAACUUCCCAUGCCCCGUUUCUUGCUCUCUCAUUGGCUGUAGGUCAACGCUGCAGUUGUAUUCAGUCAAAACAUAUUUCAUAACAUAGUUGGAAUUGCAGACAGGUCCAGAUUUUUAACAUUCUAGAUAUCUCGCUGACAUCGGCGACAUGUCUGCGAUUCUCUCAGAUCGCGUCUUUGAUCAUUUAUACAUUGCGAUCGUCUCUCACGGGAGCGAGCUCCAAUUUGCCUACGAUUUCAGGCUUUUGUCGACGAUCUCCACAAAACUGUCGGCGAGCGAAAAUCGGGCUUAAAAUCGUGUAGUGUAAACUCGGCAUUAGUCCCAGUUCUCCCGAUGGCCAGUCCGCCCCUGAUUGGCCCCAAAGUGCAUUUGCCCACCGGGAAAAUGCUGGUAUGCCAGAUUACUAAUCCAGCCCAGGGUUUAAUACUUGAACCAACCAAAAACAGGUGUAGUCGUGGGGUAAUUUUACUGUGAUUAGUUUUCUAAUCCUGGAACUUUUGUCUAGUUAGAGAUCUCGGAUUAUCAUCUCAAAUAAUUUGAAAUCCCAACAGUAAUGAAAACCCAAAGUCAGCUGGGCUUGUCUAUGCAUACACCAAAAGAUAAAGUGUGCUCACUAAUAUUUUUUAACAUAAAGUUACUAAUUAAUAAGAAAUGAGUUGAGCACAUGCCAGUAAUUCAAUGCCAUAUAGACUACAAUCUGACAAA